AUGCGGCGGCUUGGACCCCUGCUUUCGCCACCGAUGUUCUUCAGAGCUGUCUGGAGCUUGGUGCUGAGGAAAGGAGGACCCAGGAUGCGGCAGAUGCACAGCCCGGGAAGCGCUGAGGAGGGCACAUUCUGGCUGGCCUUGAAUGAUAAGGACGAGGUGUACCGGCUCCAGUUCCAUGAGACCUUCGCGGAGAUGAACCGUCGCUCCAAUGAAUGGAAGACAGUGAUGGGCUGUGUCUUCUUCUUUUUUGGAUUCACAGCUCUGAUGAUUUGGUGGCAGCGGAUCUAUGUGUUCCCUAAGAAGCCCGUCACCCUGACGGAUGAGUGGAAGGCCCAGCAGCUCCAGCGCAUCCUGGACAUGAAGGGCAACCCCGUGCAAGGGCUAGCCUCCCGGUGGGACUAUGAGAAGAAGGAGUGGAAGAAGUGA